GCACGCCAAACGCUGUGGUAAAGAAGUAUCGAUGUUAGGCGCCAGCUCUAUUAAUUCACGAAGGAAACAAAACAAUCACUUGCUGCUUUAAAAUAUAACGUUAUAGUAACAAAGUUUCCUCGCAUCAAAAGAAUGCAGAGUUAACUAAAUGAAGGACCUGAGAUAGCCUUAUUCUUCAGGAUCAUGUCAGAUGGUGUUGAUGGUGGUGGUGGGGAAAAUGAGAUAGACUCUCAUUCCUCUACACAUGCUGAAACAAAUGACUUGAUCAAUCACAGAGAUGAUGAAGCCUUGGAUCCUGAUAGUGAAGCUGCCUUAAAUACCAAUUAUGAUAGUAGUGAUGGGGCUGUACCUGCAUUUAGAUGUGAUAGAUGUGAUAAUUAUGAAACAAUAAACAAAACAGCCUUAUGUGCUCAUCAAGACCAAUGUACAGGAAAUGGAGAGAUAGUAGAAAGUGCAGAAGGCCUAGAAGGAGUAGAAAAUGAAAAUGAAGGAGAUGAAGGACAUUCAAGCCAUAGAUCUCUUAGAAAAAUCUUUGAAUGUGAUGUUUGUAACAUGAAAUUUUCAAAUGGAGCUAACAUGCGGAGACACAAGAUGAGACAUACUGGUGUAAAACCAUAUGAAUGCAGAGUAUGUCAAAAAAGAUUCUUUAGAAAAGAUCAUCUAGCUGAGCACUUUACAACUCAUUCAAAAACAUUGCCUUACCAUUGUCCAAUUUGUAAUAGAGGAUUUCAGCGUCAAAUUGCUAUGAGAGCUCACUUUCAAAAUGAACAUGUAGGUCAGCACGAUAUGGUCAAAUCUUGCCCUUUAUGUCAUUACAGAGCUUCCACCAUGAAAUGCUUGAGGUUGCAUUUUUUCAACAGACACGGAAUAGAUUUAGAUAAUCCAGGUCCAAACAGCUCGACGUCUUUAUUAAACAGCUGUGCGGCCGUCGAAGCCAUAUCAUCAGCACCUUUAUCAGAUAGUGGUGAUAGCACUGGAAAUAGGUCGGCCGACAAUGCGACGCCUCCGAUGCAUUUUCUUACACCUCAUGUCGAAAUAUCCAUUCCAUACCCUGAGCAAGCAAGUACCGCGAGAAAUCCGAGCCCAGUGCCUUUGAACGGCGACAGUCCUAAUAGUCCUCAAAGCGCUGACAGUAACAGUAACGUCCCGUCGAGCAGCCUUCAUUUACCUCGAAACUCUAGUGCUACACAUAGUUUUAUUAAUAAUACUUCUGUACGCAACAGUAACAGUGAAGGAGAGCAAAUAAUUACCCCGUCGAUUUCCUUGAUUCCUAUAAAGCAAGAACCAAACAGCAACGGAUUAUUAGACGAAAACGGUGCGACGUCAAGCAAUUUAUCGUUACCAUCAUUGAUCAAGGUAUCACCUCUAAAAUCUUUGCUCCGCGACGAUUUGCGUCGCAAGCUCUCCAAUAGUAACAACAAUAAUAACAACAAUAACAGCAGCGCUGGUAAAAACAAUAAUGGUAGUAAUAGUACAAGUAGUAACGCAAACAAUGGUGGUGGUUCGUCAUACAGCAGUAGCAGCACACAAUCACGAGGUGAGCCUCCAACGUCCACGCGACCUGAUCCACGAAACAGUGGUCUUCAAUGUAGUCACUGUCGAAUCACCUUUCCCGACCAAACUCUUUAUUUUCUGCACAAGGGCUGCCACAGUGAGAGCAAUCCUUGGAAAUGCAAUAUCUGCGGCGAGCAGUGUUGCAAUCUUUAUCAAUUUAAUUCGCAUUUACUUAGCAAGAGUCAUCAGUAGCUAGAUUUUUUUAUUUUACCGAAUAUUUGACGCUCUUAUGAGUUCGCAUUCUUUGUUCUUUUGUCGCGCUGAACUUUAAUUAUUCAAAAAACAUAAGAGAGAAGGAUGCUACUUUAAUAUUGCGCAGAAGCUUCAUUUUGUAUACACCAGAGAUGGAAAACUUUCGAAAAAUCAUGGAUACUUGUAAAUAUUUCAAAUUUCAUUAUCUAUGAUUACUUUUAUGAUAAAUUUAUGCAGUUCUAUGCAAAACAUUAUGAACUUAAUUCGAAUAUUAUAUUUAAUACGAAAAUAUUGACGAAAGUAAAGUUAAAUACUUUUUACUUAUAGAUGAUAAGGUUAACCUGUGAUAUAUAGACAAAAUAUUGUAUAAAAAUUUAUAAUAACAAAAGUAAAUUUUAUAAAAACGACAAUGGAGCUGGACAAUUGGCAAAUAUAUAAAUUCUAUUGCAUUUUGUUAUGAAAAAAAUUAUAGUAUGUAUCAAGGGAUUAUUAUUGAAAUAAUUACAAGUAAUCAUGCAUACAUUUAAAGGCCAAGUGAAUAAGCCGAUAUGUUUUAGGCUGAUGCCGUGAAAAAUACAUGUAAAAAUUAUCGUAAAACGAGAAAAGUCGUGCCUUCAUACAAAAGUACACACACAAAUGCGAUCGCAACACACACACAUACACACACACACGCACACACACACCAUACGUAUACACGUAAACUCGUCCAUCAAGCAGUCACCACGUGAGAGCUAGAUCCGUCCACGAGCUUGAUCGAAUUAUUUCAAGCUCUAACCGUUUAGUUGUUUAAGAAUAAAAUAUAGAUAUCGUAUGCAUAGAACAAUAAAACUAAUUAAAAAUAAAUCAAGCAACAAGCUGUAUCUUUGUUAGAUAGAAUUAGUUUAUAGAAGUUAAUCUAUUUUAUAUCUAUGCAACUUUUGAUGACUUGAAUGCUUUAAAAACCAUUAUGAUUUAAGGUACAAUGUAUCGUGGUUCCAAGCUUCCAACCUAUGAUAGAAAUUCCAAUUAAUUAUAUUAAUGUAGUAAUACAUUGAAUGUUAUUUAUUUCUUAGAAUACUUUUAUGAUUUUCGUUACUUUUUUUAUACAUUUAUUUUGUUACAAUUCUAAUGACUACUUACACAAGCUACUUGCGUAAUUAAAUGAAAUUUUGUAAUAUAUUUGCUCAUUAGUAGCAAUUUUGUAAAUUAUAAUUUUUUGUUAAUAACAGUGCAUUUACAUCGUCAAUGUCAGAUUUGAAUAGCUACGAUUUAAAAGUCAAAAAGUGUAAUGCACGUAAAAAAAGUCAGGAUUUCGUGUAAAAUAUACUUAGAUUUUAUUUUACAUUCAGUACAAAUACUUGUCAUUCCAAAAUUGCAAAAUAUUUCUUUGAAUUAUUUAAAUUAAUCAUCGUAGACGUUGUGGAAUUAUGUUGGAAGCUCUUUCAUCAAAUUUUAUUUGUACGCCUAAUUUCAUAGCAAAUAAUAAAUUGUAAAAGUAAUAGUAACACUAAAACCACCGGAUUUUUUAAUGUUAGAAUUUUAAUAUUCGAUCAACGGAAGAAUUCGUGAUAGAGGUGUUGAAAGCAAAUGAAUGAAGCUUGUAUUUUGCCUCUAGUUUAACGAAUUAUUUUAUAUAAAAAUAUUUGUACAGAGAUGUAAUUAAUUAAGAAGCGAAUUAAAAACAAAACUCAAUUUUAGCAGCACUAAACAAAGCAACGCAUAACUAUCUAAUUUUUGCAUUUACUUCUCACAGAGAAUGAAGAUAUACCACAUUUAUGUAAUGUUCUAUAGAUGGUUAUUUAAUAGUUAUGUAAUAAAUGUUCUAUGUACCAAGUAAUAUUUAAUGAAAAAUGUAGUUGAUAUGAGAUCUACUUUUAGAAUAUAAGUAACUUAUUGCCUUGCAUUCCACGAAAAUUAAAAAGAAAACACUGACUCGUCUUUAUUGGCUUCAUUAUAUAGGAUAUAGAAACAAUUAUGACUAUAAUAAUUUACUUAAAGCUCAGGCAAGAAUUCACUAUAUGUCAUCCAGCAUUUUUAAUGCAGUUAUUAUAAUUCAAUUUUAAUUGUGUAUAUUCUAUAAAGAAGAGACCAAAGAUUCAAUUUUUCAAAAUCUAUGUCAGAAACAAAAGUUCCAACUCAUUUGCUUGUAAUCUAUUUAUAAUUGAAAUUGAUGGCAUAACCUUGCUCUCUUCUAUGUUAUCAAUCCGUACCUCUAUUCAAAUCACUUAUUUAAAAUAAACGAAUAAUAUUUGAACUUUGUUAUAAUUUUACGAGUAAAAUAACAAAAAAUGUACUAUGUAUUCUAUAUGUUCAUUUUGUGUUAGGUAUAAAUUAUAAAAUUUUAAUGUAAAAAUGACUACAAAACGUUGUUUAAAUCCAAAAAAAGUAAAGUGUUAACAAGUGCCUGAUUCACACAUCAACGUGAUUCGUCCUGCCUUCUUGUCCGUAAAUUUGUGCUAACUGUUUAAUACAUGUAUAGCGAACAAAAUUCAAUUUAUUCGUACUGUUUACUACAAAAAUUCAAUUGUCUAAAUGACUAUACACUAUAGGUAGCGGUAAAAUCUUCAAAUUAAAAAAUCAUUAGUACUCGCUUCUCAGAAGAAGGAGCGCAAUAAGUGACUUUCUAAUUACGUUGUUAUUUUCAGUUAUUUGUACAAUCCUUUCACUUUGAAAAGAAUUCAAAUCAUCAAAAACUUAGUUAGAGAGCCAUAUAUUGCGAUUUCCAAGUUUGUUUCAAUUAAAAAAAACUAAACAUAGUGAAAAGAAAGACAAAAGGAAAUGCAUAGAAUGCACACCAAUUAAAUGGGUUACAAAAAUCAAAGAUUUGUUUGGAAAAAGAAGCCUUGCACAGCUUUUUUCCUCACACAAGACCAGAGUAUAAAACAUGCCUUAUACUGUGAUCGCGCUUACCAAGAAAAAAUUAAGUAAAAGUAUAUAGUUUUGAAAAUGUAUAGAUCGAAUUCAUGCAACAGAUCGAAUUCAUGCAACUUAUUACCGAAUAAUGCAUCAAUGCGAUAGAAAAAUACUGAAAUGUACCUUGUAAUUAAUUUAUGAUGAGGUAUUAACCGUCGAGUACGUUUCUUAAUUUGUAAAAAAGUUAUUGUUCUUGUUAUUACAGUGUAAUGGGUAUCAAAAGCUAAAUACAUACUAAUUGUAA